UGUAGAUAGACCCCAUCCAAAAGCUGUGGAGUUGUGUUGCCAACUGAUUGGUAAAUUGUAGAUGUAGGCAGGCCUAACCUUCGCUUAUGCAGAUCCAAUCGAUAGCGAGAUAAAGACAGCUCUGGCAGGCUUGUCUGUGCUGCUGCUGCUCUGCAAGUGUCACGGGGGUGUGUUUUAAAAAAUCCCGCAUAUCUAGUGUUUUACACAUGCAUCAAAGCGGCAGAGAAGCUGCACAAUAGCGAAAGAAGGGGAGACUAUCCAAACACUCACUGUGCUGUAUAGUCUCGGAGAACAUACUGUAAAAGGAAAAGCGUCUCAAGAAAAAAGUUUCAAUGGUUUUCCGAAAGUUGCCCGGUGUGUCGGCAUCGGGCAUGGGUCUGCGCCUGUCCCAGAAAUUCGUGUUUCUGCUCUUUCUCUCGGGAUUGGUAACUCUGUGUUUUGGGGCCCUUUUCUUUUUGCCGGAUUCAGUCCGACUAAAACGCAUUUUCCUAUCCAAGACAGAGACCCAGCCUGUCACGGUUGGCUCCGGGUCCGAGAACGAUGCCAGGGAGCAUUUAAAACGACCCAAGGAUCAGGAUCAUCCGAGAGUCAUGGUCUCAACUAAAGGAGAGACGAGCACCAAACUGAAAAGUCUGAGCCGAAAAGCCUCCGUCUCACAUGAGGCGACCGAGGAGAGGCUCACCGGGGGGAAAGCACAGGAGGAUUUCACUCUGUCCAGGUCGAAACCAGUCGAGUCCGCCUCGGAGAAAGCGACAUCCGUCAACAACCAGGCUGCCAGCUCGGAUACUUUCAGUCACAUGAAGUUCAAAAGGUGUCUGCUGAAACCCCCGCUGGGGAGAGACGGCGGCAAACCAAGCGACCCUAAGACCGAUGAGCGCCGGGAGAAAGUCAAAGAGAUGAUGAAGUUUGCCUGGGACAACUACAAGAGCUACGCCUGGGGCAAGAAUGAGCUGCGGCCUUUGACGAAAAACGGGCACAUAGGCAACAUGUUUGGUGGCCUGAGAGGAGCAUCCAUCAUUGACUCACUGGACACACUGUAUAUUAUGGGAUUGAUGGACGAAUAUAAAGAUGCCAAGGAAUGGGUGCAGACCAGUCUGGACCUGAACUCGAACGGCGAGGCAUCACUCUUUGAGGUGAACAUCCGUUACGUCGGCGGGUUGCUGUCAGCGUACUACCUGACAGGAGAGGAGUUGUUCAAGAGUAAAGUGAUGGAGCUUGGAGAGAAGCUGCUGCCUGCUUUCAACACGCCAACAGGAAUCCCCCGAGGAGUCAUCAACCUGGGAAGUAGUGGCACCAGUUGGAGCUGGGGCUGGGCAUCAGCCGGGAGCAGCAUCCUGGCCGAGUUUGGGACCCUGCACCUUGAAUUCGUCCAUCUGUCCGAGCUCACCAACAAUCCCAUAUACACGGAGAAGGUGAUGAACAUCCGGAAACUGCUGAACAAGAUUGAAAAACCUCACGGCCUGUACCCCAACUUCCUCAGUCCAGUGAGCGGCAACUGGGUCCAACAUCACGUUUCCAUCGGCGGCCUCGGAGAUAGUUUCUACGAGUAUCUGAUCAAAUCGUACCUCAUGUCAGACAAGACGGACGACGACGCGAAAAAGAUGUACUACAGCGCACUGGAGGCGAUUGAAGCUAACUUGGUACAGAAGUCACCUGGUGGCCUCACCUACCUGGCCGAGUGGAGGGGAGGGAUCCUGGAUCACAAGAUGGGCCACCUAGCCUGCUUCUCUGGGGGUAUGAUCGGCAUCGGAGCCGAUGACGGAGCCACAGAGAAGAGGCAGCACUACCUGGACCUGGCUGCUGAGAUCACACACACAUGCCACGAGAGCUACACACGCUCAGCCACCAAACUGGGACCUGAGGCGUUCAGAUUCGAUGGGGGAGCUGAAGCCACAGCAACCAGACUGAGUGACCGAUAUUACAUCCUACGGCCAGAAGUCAUCGAGAGCUACAUGUACAUGUGGAGACUGACCCAUGACCCCAAGUACAGAGAGUGGGGCUGGGAGGCUGUUGAGGCCCUCGAGCAGCACUGCAGGGUGGAGGCUGGCUUCUCCGGGAUCCGUGACGUUUACACCCUGACAGUCAGCCACGACAACAUGCAGCAGAGCUUUUUCCUCUCAGAGACGCUCAAGUAUCUUUACCUGCUCUUCUCCGAUGAUGACCUUCUCCCACUGGAGGACUGGGUCUUCAACACUGAAGCCCACCCGCUGCCCGUCAUCCGCAAGAGCUGCCUGCAGGACGAAGCGACACAGGAUAAGACAGUCUCCGAAUAAGGCCGAACACCUCCCAACACUUGAGACGGUUACUGACACAUAUUUGCACAAUUCAUGUGCGCACACAGUCAAAUAUUGCAAACACCAAUUAAAUGCAGGUUCAGAGUCUUUUCAGGAGCGUGUUAUGGACUCUCAAUUCCUUUCCAGUAAAGGAUGUUGUCGUUUUACGCUGUGAUUGUAUAUCCUUUCGCCGGGGUUACUUCCUGCUGGCACUACUUUUUUUGUGGACAAUCAAGAGAAACAUGACUUUCAUGAAAAGAGCACCUUUUUCUUUCCUUCUUUCCUCUGUGAGGAAACCAGUAUAACUUGCAGACCCAAAUGUAUGGGAGGAGGGUUGAACUAUGGGCCAUAUUGUUAGAAAGAGAAACGUAUAGAAAACCACUUGAGUUUCGCUCUUUGAUUUCAUCGUUUUGUUAAUCUUGAGUGAUGAAUGAUUUCCUUUGAUCUUGUCAUUGCAUAUUUUUCCUUUGUGAGUACACUCUUUGACCAAAGGUUUCUUUGCAUUUAUAUUUCCCUCUUUUCCAGUAAUGUGUUUUUGGUGAGAUUUGACAGAUAGUAAAUUUUACUAUAGAGGAUUGAAUUGUAAUGCAUUUUGAUUGAUGUACAGACAAACAAGAAAUGUGUUUCUCGAAUCCACCUCCAAACUAAUGUUGAUGUCAUGUUUCUUGCUGAAACGAGCUUGAAUGAUUUUUUUAAAGUGGGGAGGUGGCAGGAAAGUGGCCGUGUCUUAUGCAUCCAGGGACCAUUAAAAAAAAGAUGUUGG